AUGGAGGUUGAAGCGCCCACUCGCCCGGCGCCGGCGUCCAUGUACGUGCCCAACAUUGUCUCACGUUUGGCCAGCCUGCCCUACGUCGAGAGUGCCUUGAACUCGGCCAAGACCCUCUACACUUCCUACGGCAAGGAAAACGAGUCCAUGCCCCUGGUCAAGAGUACCUGCGAAGCGCUUGAGAAGCAGCUGCAGCAGCUGCAGACUCGUGCCCAACCCCUGCUCGAUCGCGCCAUGCCCAUCAUCGACAGCAAUGCCGAUACCGUCAAGUCACUUGACGAUUUGGCCUGCGCGCAGCUCGAUCGUGUCCAACACUUGGCCUCCAGUCUGCACCAGAUGCAGCAGGAUGUGUACGGCAACACGACUCGCCGUCUGACCGAGGCCGAGGAGAAAAUGUGCAACGUCACCACCGGCAUUCUGAACCAAGCUGACCAACUCUUGGAAGCCUACCUGCCCGCCAAGGCGGAGCAGGAGGAGCAAGAGACGACUGAGACUGACGACAAGCGUGAACCCGCCGAUGCCAAUCAAGAGGUCGUUGGUCGAGAUGCUCGCACUCGCCCCCUCGGUGCCGAAGCCAGCAAGCUCCUCGGCAACGCCCGCAAGUUUUCCUCCAAGGUGCAAACUCGCAUGUACGCUCAUGCGCUGGGUCAAUUGCAAAAUGUGCGCACCCGCACCGCCGAGGCUCGCGCCAACCUCCAGGCCGUUGACCUGCUGGAGUAUGCGCGCGAGCACUUGGACCGCGUCGCCCGCGACCUGGAUGCCGACGAAGGCGUGGCCGCCGUGGACGACUCCACCUCGGAGCAGGCUGCCAGCUCAGAUGACGCAACCACCCAACGCAGCGGUGCCGUGAGCCGAGCUAGCCGUGCUGUUUCCCGCCUUGUUGUUCGCCGUGCCGCUCGCCUGGCGCGCAACUCCCUUGACUUGUACUCCAAAUAUGUUUCCAAUGCCGCCGGUACCGCUGUCGGCCUGAUGUCCCUGACCGCUGCCGCCAUUGAUCAAGCCUCGCAAGCCAUUCUGCACUCGGGCUCUACUGCUGAUAAACUCCGUGACCUCUCGCUCCAAGCCAUGGGCUUGGCCCUGACCGCUACCUUUUUGCUGCGCGAUGCCGCUAUCAACGCCGUUUCGGCUUCCAUGGAUGCCACCAACCAGCGUCUGGCCGCCGUCACUGGUGCCGUUUUCUCGACAGCCCGUACCAUCAACAGCAAAGCCGGUGAUCUGAUGGUGACAGUGCGCCAGCAGCGUGCAGUCGCUUUGGCCUCGGAGCAGUUGGACCGUCUCUAUAGCACGGUCAAGAAUGAUGCCCGUGUUCAAGAUGCCGUCAGCAAGGGCAAGCAGUUUUACGAAAAGGCCCUGGAGAACCCGCAGUUUCGCGAAGUGCACGAUACUGGCCUCAAGUACUACGACCUUGCCACACACACCCUCUUCCGCCAUCAUUCCGACCCGGGACCAGAGCCCCACUCGUAUUCAGAAGCCGUCGCCCUCGGCGCGCUCCCCACUGAGGGUCUCUCCCACGAGGCUGAGGAAGCGGUUGCCGAGCUGCAGGAGGAGGUCGAAGAACGCCUGCACGAGGAGGAAGAACGCCUGCACGAGGAGGUAGAGGCGGAACAAGCUGAAGCUGCCAAGGAAGAUGAUAAGCAGCAGCAGUAAUUCUUGUUCUCUUGCCUCCUCCGUUCAUGUCAGCCGCCGCGUCUAAGUCUUCUUUGAACUGUUUUAUCAACCUUUGCGGCGUCUUCUUCCAUCGCAAUCACAAGUCAAUUUGAUGCCACUCGCUGC